AUGAUGACAUCAGUUCCACCUAGAACGUCUUGGUGGAAUUCGAAGAAGACUGUGAAAGUUAUAAGAUCUUAUACAACCUUCCCUUCCUUGAAUGCCUGGGGAAAAUUCAGGGGCCUCUUGCCUGUGGAUAGGGAGCCGAACCCUGGAGUGGGCCUGGGUGUGGAGGAAGGACUGCUCUGCCAGAUGGUCCAUUCUCCAGAAUUCAACCUGUUUCCUAACUCCGUGGUGUUUGAAAGCAACUUUGUCCAGGUCAAAAGGGGCAGAAACUGGAAAAAAAUCUACAGAGCCUCCAACACCAUGGCCCUUGGGGUGACCUCCUCUGUGCCUUGCCUACCCCUUCCGAACAUCCUCCUUAUGGCCAGAGUCAAAUGGCUUCAGGGGCAGAGCCAGACAUGGAACAGACCAUCCACAGCCCCGAGCAUCAUCCUGAAGAGCAUUCUCCCUUUGAAGUUUGUGGAGCUCCAGAUCUGUGACCACCAUGAACGCAUCCUGAGGUUGAGGACAGUCACCGAGAAGAUCUACUUCCUAAAGCUCCACCCUGACCAUCCUGAGACUGUCUUCCACUUUUGGAUCCGCCUGGUUCAAAUAUUGCAGAAGGGUCUGUCCAUCACCACUAAGGACCCUAGCAUCCUUGUUACUCACUGCCUGGUACCCAAGAGCCUCUGCAGCCCAUGUGGAAAGUCUGAGUUAGUGCAAAAGAAACCUCCAACCCCCGAGCCCAGUGACAGCCUCAUGCAACUGAUGGUCCAGGGGGAGAGUGAGGCACUCUCACAGAUCUUUGCCGACCUGCAUCAGCAGAAACAGUACAGGAGGAGCAAAAAGAUUCAGAUCAACAAGACCAGCUCAGAUAAAGCUACUCCCAGUGAAGAGAGUGUCCCCUGUACCCGUGAUCUCAGUUGGAGGGACACAUUCACUUAUGGAGAGUGGGAAAGAGAGAACCCCUCUGGGCCACAGCCUCUCUCGCUCCUUGGCACUCUGGCUGCCUCCAGCAGACCACGGCUGUCCUUACCUUGA